AUGCCACCUCCUUUUCCAGGGAGGCUCGCAAAGGAUAAGAAAGAGAAGGAGGAAACUGAAAUCCUCGAAACAUUCAGGAAAGUGGAAGUAAAUAUCCAUUUGCUUGACGCUAUCAAAAAAAUCCCUCGUUAUGCAAAAUUCCUCAAGGAAUUGUGUACUAGCAAGAGGAGGUUAAUAGGUAACGAAAGAGUAAAUGUAGGAGAAAAUGUCUCCGCAGUACUGCAAAAGAAAGUUCCAUCCAAAUACAAGGACCAAGGUAUGUUUGCUAUUUCCUGUGAGAUAGGUACUGUAGGCAUUAAGAAAGCCAUGUGUGAUUUAGGGGCUUCCAUUAAUGUUAUGCCUUAUCCUAUUAAUAAGUUGAUUAACACGGGUCCUUUAAAAGAGACAGGAGUAAUAAUCCAGUUGGCGGAUAGGUCAGUCGUCUAUCCUGAAGGGUUGCUUGAAGACGUCCUUGUUAAAGUUAACGAAUUAGUUUUCCCUGCAGAUUUUUACAUUAUUAAUAUGGAAGAUGAUAACUCAACUAAUUUGUCUGAUAUUUUGCUUGGAAUACAGUUUCUAAGUACCGCAAGCGCAAAAAUUGACGUUCGGAGCUUAACACUGACAAUGGAGUUUGACGGCGAAAUCGUGAAAUUCAAUGUCUACAAAGCUAUGGGUCUUCCUAACUCACUAUCAAAUAGUUCUAGCAUUGAUAUUAUAAAUGGUUUAACUCAAUCCUAUUCUAAAUAUCAUGACUAUGAUGAGUUGGAAACUGUCCUUUACAGAAGCAUUGACAUGGAUGUUUUAAAUCAUCUCGAGGAAUUAGUAAUUAUAAAAGAACCGUUGCGAGAAAUUUUCAAACACUUGGAGACGCAUCCAUUGUUGAUGAAUCAAGUGGCAGCUGAAGAUCAAGACAAAACAAUUUUCACGUGCCCCUUCGGAACGUUUGCAUAUAGACGAAUGUCGUUUGGACUCUGGAAUGCUCCAGCCACUUUCCAAAUAUGCAUGGUGAGCAUAUUCUCCGAUUAUGUUGAGAAAAUCAUUGAAGUCUUCAUAGAUGACUUCACGGUGUACGGAUUUUACAGACGAUUCAUAAAAGACUUCUUGAAGAUCGCGCAACCGCUUUGCAGUCUAUUACAAAAGGAUAAAGAAUUUGAAUUUGACCAAACUUGUAAAGAUGCAUUUGACUUGCUGAAGCAGAAAUUGGUUUCCGCUCCUAUAGUGCAACCACCAAAUUGGAACUUCCCAUUCGAAAUCAUGUGUGAUGCAAGCGAUCGAAGUGUGGUAGCUAUUCUUGGCCAAAUAAUAGGGAAAGAGCCUCAUGUUAUCUACUAUGCUUCGAAGACACUAGAUGCUGCCCAAAGCAAUUACACAACCACUGAGAAAGAACUAUUAGCUCUUGUGUAUGGCACCCCACGAGCAUUAAUCAGUGACAGAGGAACUCAUUUCUACAAUAAGCUCGUAAGUGCACUUAUGGAGAAAUAUGGAGUGACUCAACGAAUUGCCACUGCUUACCAUCCACAAACAAACGGGCAAGCCGAAGUGUCAAACCGUGAAAUCAAGUCCAUCUUGGAGAAGACUGUUAAAACUAACAGAAAGGAUUGGAGCUUGAGACUAAAUGACGCACUUUAG